GGGGAAGUGCUUCUGAGAGCUGGGAUGGAGUAAAAAAGGCCAUUUUGAGGAGGGUAUUUUUGAAUUGAUAAGGGACUUUAGAAUGCUCAGGAAAAAUUUCCACUGGCAAUUUUAGAAGAAAGCAUAGGUUUUAAAGGAGAGUAUCAUUCUAACUUAGAGCUGAACUACUAUGAUUUGAUAUAUAAUUUAAGAGCAAAUCACAAUAUUUUUCUUUCUUGACAUCAACUUAAGAAUGACUAUUCAUGUCUGUAGUAGAAAGUAAGGCUUCAAAUUUACCUGCUUCCAAUAAAUCCACAAGAUCUGAAAGGAACACAUGUUCCUACACAUGUUGGCAUGGCACUGGCAUUCCCUCCAUUUCCAUUAUGCCUACGCUUCACAAACUCAUCAAAUUACUGCACCAUGUCUGGUGCUGUGAUGUUACCGUUAUCAGAAUUGGUACAUCAGGGAGAAUAGUCUGGGGUCAACCAGGUGGAGCACUGGAGUCCUUUUCCAGAGAAGAAAAGUUACAUUGCUUGAAGGCAGCAUAUAAAGCCAGAGUCAGAAAUACUGAAAUGGAAUCAGCAAUGUUUAUUGCUCUGUGUAGAUUUUGUGGUCUAAAAGCUCCUGCGCUCCAUGUGACGCAUCUUGUCGGACUUAAAUGUGACCAGAUCAGCUUACCCCAUGAGCAACAGCCUCAGCCCCUAAUCUCCAACUUCAUCAAACAGCAGCUUGGAUUUCAUGACCAGAUGUCAUAACUGUGUAGCCCAAUCCUUCCCUGCAAGUUUGCAGUUUGAAUUGUAGUGCUGAAGUCAUGUAUUAUUUGUGAUGUUUUUAUGUAGUUCUUAUCCAUGUGCUACAAGCAUUACAGAGUGGUUUUAUAAAACCCCUUUCUCUUGAAAAAUGAAUUUAUUGUAAAGGAAUUUAAUGCUUAAUAUUAAAUUAAAAUUUCAUCUUAGAAUAACUUAGUCUAAUAAUUAAAAAUUUUAAACUCCUGGAUUGUAACAUUUGGAGUUUCAUAUGUAGCAUUAAUUAAGCUCACAUCAAAAUAGAUUAGCCACUUGUAGAUACAGUUUCCAGACACUCUGUUUCUGAAACCAGUCCAGAAAUGUUGGAACAUCGUCAGGCACUUACUAGGUGUUGGACAAGUGACAGAAAUUGAUGAUGCACAUUUAGAAUAGCUACACAAAGAAAGUGCCUGUGUGAUGUAGGUCUAUAUGAGAAAGUCACCCUUCAGGAAAUUUGACCACUCUUCUUUCCACCCCCUGUGUGAUUUCAGUGCAACAUGGACUAGGAUUGGAGGCUUAUAUUUGCCUAUAUUUCUGAUUUUAUCAUGGAGUAUAAUAAGUCUAGGCCAUAUAUUUAUAUUCAGAUGAAAACCCUAGGUAAAAGAAAGAAUAAUCCUGAUUUUUUUCAGAACUCACAAAUGACUAAAUUGCCUUCUAGCAGUUUUCUUGUCUUUUGAGGAAAUGUUUCAAAGAAGCCAUAUUUAAAAAUCUCAUUUCAGUAUUAACCAAAUAGGGUGAGGAAUUAAUAACAACUGAGUUUAGACGAGUUCAGGAUGAGAAAGUCGUGCUUUCAUGUGACUGUGCUUCAUGGGAGCUGCUGCCCCCUGGAGGGGUUUCUGAAGCCCGAGCAGUUGGGAAGUGUGGAUGGGGGAUGGGUGGAGGAUGGCUGACCCACUUGUAUAGUGUGUAACGCUGUGGACAGAUAUUUAUACGGUCAUGACUCAAAUAAAGCUUAACACCAACCAUAAUAAAAAUUA